AUGAUUGGACGUUCUAUCAGCAACAUCGACGGAGCCGAGUACCAUUGCAACAAGACCCAAGUUCGCAAAGUCAUAUCAGGCGUCGUAGGCGCAGCUUCCAGUGUAACUUCGAUUCAAGUUGCCAACCUAUUAAGACUGUUCAAAAUUCCUCAGGUGUCCUUUUUCUCUACAAGUCCCGAACUUAGCAAUAAGCAGCGAUUUGAAUAUUUCACGCGGACUAUCCCGUCGGAUCACUAUCAAGUAAAAGCAAUGGUCGAUAUUGUUCGGCUAAUGGGUUGGAGCUACAUAUCAAUUAUUUACGAGGAAUCCAACUACGGAAUUAAGUGGAGCUUAAGUUCAAUGUAA